GACUGCUAGCGAGACCACCAAAUUCCAAUCUCGUCCGCACCGCAUCACACGUAUCUCGCCGGCCGGUCGACCACGACCACGACCGCAGUACAACGUCGUGCGCCGUUUCUUAGUUUGUGUGGUUUUUUUUUUUUUUUUUGUGUUCGCGUGUGCGCGCAUAUAAACGAGUGUGUGCGAGCCCGCGUUUUUGGUGAUAUUUUUUUCGUUUUCCCGUCAUUCAACGGAAACGCGUGUCGGUCGUUUCCGCGUUUUCUCGUCUAAACGAGAUCGUGUUCGCGCCAUUGUUUCCGAACCGACUCUCCGGCUUGGCGAAGUGGCAGCUGAUGAUAACCAGUUGUGACAAGAUUUCCAUCGGGCAUGCCAGUGACGAGUGCAUACGACAACGACGACGGUCGAGCCACGGCGACAUGUUGAUGCGCCAUGUCAAGGCAUGGACGCACUAAACAAUACGGUCCGGAACCGCCGGCGGGCGUCUACACUAAGCCGCCACCGCCGGUGCACGGCAACAACACGUACAACGGCCGUGCUCAUCACCACUUCCAGCAGCAAUCCCAGCAGCAACACCAGUCACAAUUGCAACAGCAAUUUUACAGCGUUCAGCAACAACAGCCUAACAUCAUCGGAUCUAGGCCUUCGUCUAAUAACUACCACCACCACUCGCUGCCCAGAAAUGCUUGGAGCGCGGACAGACAUUCUCCGGUUGCCGGAGGGUCGUCGUCGAACAGUUCGAACGAGCGGACGUACACGAGCAACCGCCGGGCCAAACAUCACCGGGUGUACAACAGUCACCGGCAGACGGCUCGGACUCUGCAUAAGAACGGUGGCGGCGGAGCCACUACCGACCCGGACGCCCUGUCGUCGGUGACCACGACCGGCAUCAAGUAUAAUCAACAACAGUCACCGCCACAGUUGCACCACCAAUCGCAACAUCAGCUGCACCACCACCACCAACAGCAGCAGCAGCAGCGGCCGCAAAUGACCGCGGCAGCUUGGCCGUCGGACCCGUCGUCGUCUUCGGUCGUCCAUCACCAGCAGCCAGCCGCGAACGCGGCCACGCAAUACUUACCGCCGUUGCCUCCGCAGAACGCGACCGUAAGACAACCCCAGACCGCGGGACUGCCGACGUCGGCCACGGCCGGCAGCGGUUUGGUGCUUCGCCAUCACCAGCAGCAAUCCUCCGGGGCCAUGCCUCUGCUGCUGCCCUCUUGCGACGUGGCCGUCGACGCUUGCGGCGGCCACUGUCCUAGGUUCGAAAACUUUUGCCAUUUCUGUUUGCUGGCAUUUUAUUUUUCGGGCAUCACGGUGGGCUUUCUGUUGAUCAUGGCAGCCAUCGUGACGAUCCAAGAUCCGAGGUUCUUUUACAUCGGCGGUCUGCUGCUCCCUGUCAGCGCGUUCCUGAUGGCCGUCCAAUGUCGUGUGCGGCAAGACGCGGACCGCCGCAAACGUCACCGGCAGCUGAACGGCCGGCACCACCAGCACAACAGGUCCAAUGCGGCCGCGGUGAUGGUGAUCAACAAUAGCAACAACGCCGCUGGCCAGUCGUCCGCCGCGGCCACCGAAACGAUACCGCUGCAGAACAUAAUGGCGGCUGGUGGCGGCGGUGAAAACACACUCCGGCGGCAGUUCCAGGGCAACGUUUACCAGUACGUGGGGCAGAGGGAUAACGAGUCCAACUACAACGCGCAUCACUACGAAACGGCUUCCAUCGACCCGCAACAAAUCGAAGGUGUGCCAUGGUGGAGACGAGAAGACAACAGACCGUAUCACGGCCGUGUACCUCAUGCAUAACGAUACCAACUGCCCUCCUACACAUUGGUUAUAAUUAUUAUUUUUUCUAUCAUCUUAUGUAUUAAUUGUAUAAUUAUUCAUUAUUAUUA